CACGCGCUCAGAGUGUUCCGUUUGAACUGUAUGAUUCCCAAAUGUCGAGAUAGAGCCUCUCACGCGACCCGUUUUCUUUUUUUCUGGACAGACUCCUUACCGUAUUUCAAGGUAGUUGACUGUGGCAGAUCGUUGCUGAACCGCACGCUAUACUCAGGGUUCCGCGCUAAGGUUUCGGGCAGGUAGAAGCUAUACGGUGCAUUCCAGAAAGUGGUGAACAGUGCCGUGCCGUGCGCCUUGCCUGCAGUGCGUGUAUUCGGAGCGAAGAAAAGAUACACUCGUGUAAGAAAUGGCCGGGGCAGGAAACGGCUCUGACUUUGGGUACCAGUACUCCAACUCUGCGUUGCUGAACAACAGUGUAUACUGUUUGAACUUGAGUGAUAACCUGACUCAACUGGACGCCAAUAAUUCGAGAUGUGACCCGCCAGUGCAGGAUAAAGGUUCGACGCCCGUGGUCAUCGCCAUCAUCAUCACCGCGGUUUACUCUAUCGUUUGCGUGGUGGGGGUGGUCGGCAAUGUCCUGGUCAUGUAUGUGAUUAUAAGAUACACCAAAAUGAAAACGGCCACCAAUAUCUACAUAUUUAACUUGGCGCUGGCAGAUGCACUGGUCACAAGUACACUGCCCUUCCAGAGUGUCAACUAUCUGAUGGGCACCUGGCCUUUCGGGGACAUUCUGUGUAAGAUCGUCAUGUCCAUAGACUACUACAACAUGUUCACCAGCAUCUUCACCCUCACCACCAUGAGUGUCGACCGCUACAUUGCCGUGUGCCACCCAGUCAAGGCCUUGGACUUCAGGACGCCGCGCAACGCCAAGAUUGUCAAUGUGUACAACUGGAUCUUGUCCUCGGCCAUCGGGAUCCCCGUCAUGAUCUUAGCCUCCACUGUUGUUGACGAAAGGGGGUACAACACUCCUGCUCCCAUCGUUGACUGCAACCUUAAGUUCCCCCACCCGUCCUGGUACUGGGAGAACCUGGUGAAGAUCUGCGUCUUCAUCUUCGCCUUCGUCAUGCCCGUCCUCAUCAUCACGGUGUGCUACGGCCUGAUGAUCCUGCGGCUGAAGAGCGUGCGCAUGCUGUCGGGCUCCAAGGAGAAGGACCGCAACCUGCGGCGCAUCACGCGCAUGGUCCUCGUGGUGGUGGCCGUCUUCAUCAUCUGCUGGACGCCCAUCCACAUCUUCGUCAUCAUCAUAGCGCUGGUGGCCAUCCCGCCGUCGCUGCUGCAGACGGUCACCUGGCACUUCUGCAUCGCGCUGGGCUACACCAACAGCUGCCUCAACCCCGUGCUCUAUGCCUUCCUGGACGAGAACUUCAAGCGCUGCUUCCGCGAGUUCUGCAUCCCGACCCCGUCGGUGCUGGAUCUGCAGAACUCGUCGCGAACGCGGAACCCACCAGGGGGGCGUGAUGGCCAGUCCACGGGCCAGACAGUGGUCCGGAGCAACCAGCAGGUAUGACUAGCCGUGGAGACGUCGUCGGUGGAGGUGUGCGGGCAGCCCAGUGACGACAUGAAUUCCGAGCUCACGCUGGAGACCACAGGGCUGUAAGCCCUAAACUUGCGUGGCGAUCUGUUUCACACACACACACCAUGCACACACACAUACACACACCCCAUGCACAUGCACACACACACACACACACACACACACACACACCCCAUGCACACACACACAUAUUCAAAAAGAGCAUACACAUAGAGAGCCAUGCUAAUCGAAAUGGUGAUACAAGCUUUGGCUGCAGUCAGCUUGCAAGCCCAGUAAGGCUUGCCCUUCGCUUUUUUCCAUUUAAUGUACUAAUACAGUAUGGUUUUAGUAAAUGUCAUGUGUUGUUCGGGGAAUAGAAUUCAUGUUUCAGCUUUCACAAAGAGUCUUGGAAGUCAUUACAAAAAGCUUUGUGCUGUCUGCUAUAUAUGUUCUGCAGAAUGUAUGGUUUGGUAUUGUCUGUAAUUUGUGUUUACAGAGGUUGUUUGUUUGCUUUUUAAAUGCUCUUCCGUUUUGUAAAGUGAAUCUUUGGCCUUUUUGUUCUAGGUAGUUACCAGUGCAAAGACUAACAAACUAUUUCUUCAACAUGUGCCAUUGAAUAUUGUUGUAUACUGAAACUACAUUCAAUAUAUAUAUAAUAUAUUGAAUAUUUAUAAAAUAAAGAUGAACAGUUCAACUUCAGCCUUGAAAGCCUUUAAAAUGGCAUGUGUAAAUAGUUCAGUUAGUUUCAUGUAAAUAGUAUGUUUUAUAUAUUUGAAAUACUACACAAUGCUUUGGAUGGUUUAAUUAAGCUCGUAUUUGAAAUUGAAAUAUAGUAAUGUACCCAUUUUCAAAAUGUCGGCAGUCUUAAAUAACAGCACGCAUUGUUUGUGGACUCCAAAGGAUUCCGGUGACAAUUGUGUCAGAGCUUUGUGACACAGCGAUCGAUGCUUGUCAUGUUUCAGUGGUGCCGUGCGUUUGUUGCACUGUGGACAUGCUGUCAUUGUGCUAUUGAAAUGAUAGAAAUGUCAGUUAAAGACAUUUGUUCUUGUGUAAUGAAUCAUGUUACACCACUUAUUUUUCAAUAUGCAUGAAGCCAAAUGUUACAUUUUGAUGUGAUAAUAAUGAGUAUCAUUGUACAUGAUAAAUUAUGGCUUUGAAUGUUUUUAUACGAAAGAAGUAAAAUUAAAUAAAUCCAUCUCAGUAUACUGAACAUACUGUGUUUAUGUUGCAUUUGGGGUAUACUACUUUGUCUGGAAUGUUAACAAUAUGAGUGAGUGACGUGAUGACAUUUUAUAACUAGGUGGAAUCUAAUCUCAUUAAUCUUCCUGUCACUCUUUGAUGAGCCCAGAGAUAAAAUGAAGCACCACUGCUUAUAUGUAUCCUAGUGUGGUGGAUUUUGGGGAGA